AUGAACAUGGUCGGCGUUAACAGUAUUUCAAAAAUCAUUUCCGAAAUUUCAAUUUCUUUUUUCCAGAUUGAAUCAUGCCUUCCACCGCACGAAAUAAUCGCCGAUUACACAUCCCUGUUGGAUGGAAGAAUCCUACACACUGUGUACCUGCAGAUCGAUCCCGAACCGCAGUAUUAUCCAGUUAAGUUGCUCGACACAGAAAUCUCUUCGUCAACAACCGCCCGCUCACGGAACUUCGACUCGUUGGUGCGAAAUCUGCGAAAACUGUACGAAGAAGAGUUCGGUCAAACACUGUUAGCUUUACCGGACUGUUCGAUUCUGGGUCAAUUCCCGGAAUCGCAAGCUGGUUUAGAACAAUUGCAACUUUUAAUAACCCUUCUCUUGGGUGCUGCCGUUCAGUGUCCAAAUAAGGAAUUGUUUAUUGCUCGAAUCAAAGAGCUGGAUCUAGACACCCAAUAUGCGAUAGUAAAGCUCAUCAAGCAGGUCACCGACAGUCACACAUUAGUGUUGAGGCAAGAUGCACAGGAUCAGCUUCCUUCGGAUGCAAUGUUCAAACACGUCGUUCGACUUGCAAAAGAACGCGACCAAUAUCACAACAGAUGGAUGUCGGCGGUGAUCGACACGGAUGCGAAAACAAACCUACACGAGUCGUGCUUGGCAACACCAAAUUCAGUCAACACUCCAUCUAAGUCUUCGGGAAACAGCCAACUUGCGACAGAAUUAGCCGAUACCAGAUCCAAGCUGAGAAAACUUCGACAGGAACUGGAAGAAAAAUCCGAACUUCUAAUGGAAGUCAAAGAAGAGCUCGAUCACAAGAACAUCCAAUACGAAAAGCUACGCAUCGAGAGCCAAGAUUGGUAUUCGGAAGCCAAACGAGCCGCGGCCUACCGAGAUGAGGUGGAUGUGCUGCGUGAACGUAGCGAGCGAGUGGAUCGUCUUGAAGUGGAAGUUCAAAAACUGAGGGAAAGACUAUCUGAUGCCGAAUUCUAUCGAACUAGAGUAGAGGAGUUGAAAGAGGAUAACCGUAUGCUUUUGGAAACGAAGGAUAUGUUAGAGGAACAGUUGCAGUACUCCAGGAAACGAAGCGGUCAGGUCGUAGUUCUAGAGACCGAAAUUAUUAAGCUGAAACAAAUGCUGCACGAUGUGUCACUAGAGCGUGACGUUGACAAGAAUAAACUGCAGGAUCUGUUGAAGGAAAACGCACAACUGCAGUUGACAACAAAGAAUUUACUGGCUGGUCCUGAUGCUAAUCAACGACAGGAAGAUGAUGUACCAUCCAAUGAAAGCAGUUUAUCCGAGCAGUUAACCACGAAAGCACAGUCUCGUGCCCUUAAGCUGGAGCUGGAGAACCGGCGUCUACUGGCAGAGUUGAACAGUCACAAGGAAUCAUCAUCCCACGAAACGUCAAAUAGGAUUAUGGAGCUAGAAAAGGACAAGAAGAAACUUUCCCUUCGACUUGAUCAGAUGCAAGAGAAGUGUAACAGAUAUUUGCAGCAAAAUUCGGAGCUGGAGAAUGUCUUCAAGAAUGCACUGGAGGAAAACAAAAAGCUACAUGAUGCUUUGGAUGCCAAGCAGCAGGUGUUGGACAAACAGGGUCAUGAUCGAGAGCUUGAUCGGAUACGUCAAGCAGAUUUGGAGAAGCAGAUCGAAAAUCUAUCCAAGGAUAAGCAACGCCUGCAAAAUCUGUGCGAAAGUAUCCAGCGAAGAGCGGUUGAUUUGGAACGUGCGGUUGAAAGAAAAACAAAAGAGGUCCGUCAACUGAACGAGAGAUGUGUAGAGCUUAACAACAUUAAAAAAGAAUUCUGUGAGCUUAAUACAAAGACUGCAUCACUGGAGCAGGAAAAUACUACUCAAGCAAAGGAUUUGGUAAAGUACAAGGAAAUGCUGGAACAGAAGGACAUUGAACUAGAUAAAACUUGCGCGAAGCUAAAUCAAAACGAGAACGAAAUUGGACAAUUAAUGAAACAGCUGGAAGAGAGUGAUACAAUUAAGAAACAAUUUCAAGACAUGAAAAAGCUGAACAAAGAGCUUCUUUCACAACAAAAGAUUAAGGAUGCAACAAUUUCGACACUACAGAAAAAUCUCCACAAUGAAACAUUGGCAAGUAAAAGGAUCAAGCAGAAUUUGAAAAACUUGGGAUUGAAUGAAAGUGAUAUGGAGAAUAGUGACAUAAAUUUAAAAGUUAUCGUGGACAAGUUAUGCGAGGAUUCUAAUUCAUUUAAAACAGUCCGAGAGGUUGUUCUGGACGUGGGCAAGGAAAUAAUGAAAUCGGCAGAUGUUUGUGUCUUCUGCCAUAAACAACGUAUUUACACCGUUGAGAAGGACAUCGAAUAUAGCGACAACAACAAUGAAGCAACCAGAGUGACUGAUUUAGAGCUUCAAUUAGAUCAGCUAAAGGUUGAACAUUCUGAUCUACAAUUGGCGAACAAAUCUUUGCAAGCUGAAAAUAUCCAGCAGAAAGCAAAAGUUGAAACAUUAGGAUCUCAAAUCACAUCUUUAAACACUCAGCAAACUGCAUUGCAGUUAACCAAUUCACAGUUAGCUGCUGAGAAAGAUACACUAGUAAAGCAGAUGGAGACUAAAAAUCAAGUAUAUGAAUCUCUCCAGCAUGACCAGGAAACGUUACGGCAUCUUAACGAACAACUUACCAAGCAGUAUGACUCAGUAAAUAACGAAAAAGAAAUUUUGAAAACCGCAUAUCGUCUUCUAAGAACGGAAAACCGCGAAUUGAAGGAACAAGUUCUGAUGCUUCAGAAGCAGCUGGAAGAGUGCAAGCUGGAGCUUGCGUCCAUGAAGGAUGAUAUUACCAAUUUGAAAGCAGAACACUCUGAACUAGAAGAAGACUUUCAGCGUCUGUUUACAAACAAUGAGCUGCUCAAACAAGAAUUCAAGAACAGGCAGGAACAGUACCGGGAUUGUAAAAUGGAAAACAGUCGUCUCAAACUCGACAAUACCGAGCAAAGCAGUGAACUCAGCAAAAAAGUUGAGCGGAUCACAAAUCUAGAGAAUGAGAAUACUAGGUUGCACCAACAAUGCGAGAUUCUCCUUCAAGCGAACUCCAGUUUAGAUACAGACAGACGUACCCUCAUGGACCAAGUAUCGCAACUUUUUGCUCAGUAUCAUGAGCUUUUGGCCCAUUCUCUAGAGGAUAAACAACACUAUCACGCCGAGGAAAAGAACUUCACGGAUCGUAUGAAUUAUUUGCAUCGCCACAAGGAAAAGCUAGAGGAGAAGAUUAUGGAGCACUAUCGGAAUAUGGAUAGUUAUUCGCCGAAAAGAAAGCCAUUCGGACUAAAUUUCGUCAAAAAGGUGCGCAAGGCAGGAUCAGAACUUAUGAACCGUGUUCCUAAUCGGAACCGUCGAACUUGUGCCGAUGAACAGAGACAAACACAAUCUGAAUCCGGUGGAAAUGAGUCAGAUAAUAGCGCCGAAGAACCAACUCACACUGGAAACGAUGCACUGAAUGUUGGAACUGCCGGAUCACGUCGCACAGUUUAUGUAGUUGAGGAAAAGGCAAACAAGGAUAAUGGCGGUACCUGA